CUUUUUUUUCUUAUUAUUGAGAAUCUAUCCACCUCGUGCCUUGCCUCGGUCGGUGUACAACUCGGAUGCGCCGGUCCAUGUCCGUGCGGGCCGCCUGUGUACUUCACGGAGGAUUUGUCAUCUCGCGCGCUAAACCGUCGACGACUGCACACGGCGCGCCUGACCGGCGAAAACACACCCUAUGGGCCGAGCUCGGCGUGACCGCCGCUCAUCAACGAGCAAGCCUGAUGCGGCCAAUGGAGCAAAACCGCCAACUGGAUCUACUACGACUCAUCUGCGGCAGAGUGUUCUGUAUUCGGUCCCAAGGGGACCUCGAGGCAGAAAAGGACGACCGGUGGAGGAGCAUACCGGUGAGGUGAGCAGCGGUGAGCUUGGACAUACAAGUGCAGACCUGUCACAGUUCGAUGCCCUGACGCUCAAUACCACACCUCCUACACUUCAAUCAUCUGAUAGGGUCGAGGAGCAUUCUACCGAGGUGAGAAGCACUGAGCCUAACGGUACAGGUGCAGACCUGUCAAAAGAUGAGGGCAUUUCGCUGGAUGUCACAUCUCCUGCAUAUGAGUCAACUGAUGGGGCUGUGGUGAAUGGCAGCAACAUGGACAUCGGUGUGCCUGAUUCUACAAUUGAGAAGCAACCAGCUGUUCAGGAAGCAUUAUCCCCGAGGUCAGAAGAAAGGCGGCGGAGAAUAAAUCAAUACCUCGCUGAACAUACAUAUAAUGACGUCUUAGAGGCCAUGGUUGCUGUGAAAAAUGGCUUCUGCAACCCACCCAAAAAGGUUUCCAACCCCAACAAGUCAUCGGAAAAGCUUGCCUUGCCUGAUUCACCACAGUCUCCGCAUCGACUGGAUACUCAAUCCUCGCAGACAAAAAUACAGUGUGGAGAAUCUACAAAACAAAUCGUUAAAAACGGAAAACUAUGGAUGGAGAAGGAAGUCAUGAAGGCUUUUAAGAAGUGCAUCAUAGAAGGGGAGGGAUUGAGAGGUGUGGAGUUUGAACUAGACGAGCUUCUGCACCAGUGUUUCAGUGUGGAGACACAUGAGAAGAUGUUCCACCACUACAACUUUACGGUGAAGACGAAGGAAGCUGGCUCACACAAGUGGUCAUCAACUCUCUAUUUUGCGCAAGUGAAGGAAAUGUAUGGUCGAAAGUUUUAUUUCUGCUACCCACUGGAUCCAAACGAAGAUGGUCUCUGUUACGCAUGCAAGAAUCAGGGGAUGGAUGCAUUGCGGCACCCUGCCGUUCCUAUCGGAUACGAGACUGGCCAGCCUGGUGCGGGACGUCCCUUCGUUGAUGACGACUCCCAUGAUGAUUGUAGUAUAAAACUAGACAAUGACGAUUUUGUGUGGGCCUUUGAACAGGUCUUCUGUAAGCGAGCACCCUCAUGAGUGCAUUUUCUGGUGUCUGUAAUAGUGAGUUAUUUUCAUGUUAGGAGCAACGGUGACUAGCAUGUGCUCUAGUUGUGUAAACACCUCCAAUUGCCACUCGACGGUACUCACUGCGCUGAGACAUGUAGGCGUACUCGGACCACUGAAUUGAACUUUGAUGGUGAA